AUGUACCCACUCUAUUAUGAAAAAAAAAUCGCCAAAAAACUCAUACAGCACGAUGCCCUCAUUCUCUUAGCGGAUGGAUUUAACGAACUUAACAUUCUAGCAAUAUUCAUUUUUUACUACCAGAACAAAUGCCUGUGGUAUGAAAAGUACGCGGAGGAGCAAAAUAUCUUCUUCCAGCUAUUUGGGCUUAACAUACGCAAACGGGUGGAUGGCGACGAAGAUGAUGAGCAGAUCGAGGGAGACAGUGCCGGCCGGGGUGAUCAAUACAGAGAAAGUACCUCCCCACCGCGGAACCCCUUCAACCGCACCAAACAGAAACAUAUCAUAAGUUUGAAGGAUAAGACGGACAACCCACUUUGGAAAAAUAAAAUUAAUGUGCUCUUGGACUCCUUCAAGUAUGACGAGCAGGGGGGGAGCGGCGCCAAGGAGGAUCCACCCCCACAGGUCAAGAAAACGGAGGUGAAAAAUGUAACCGACGAGGAAAGUAUGUCAGACCGGAAAAAUGAUAAUAUCAAAGAAAGUGAGAUGGCCCCAGCGGGUAAUGAGAACAAACUGAUAUUCAUCCUGAAUGUCUCUCCAAAGGAGUACAACCUAUUUUUGAAGUACCAACUGGAUCUGUACGAAGAGAUCAGUAAGAUGGACAACCAAUUCAACGAUAGGGUAAAAAUAAACUACCUGAAAACAGAGUACAUAAGGAGCCAAAAAUCCAGCGAACGAAUCGAUCUGUACAUAAAGAGGGGAGUGUACUUCAUCUCCUCCAACAUAUUAUUGAUAGACAUGUUAACAUUUAAAAUUAUCCCGGAAAUAAUUGAUGGUAUUUUUCUCUGUAAAAAUCACAAACUAAUUUAUAACAUGAAGGAAGUAUUCAUCACGGAGCUAUACAGAAAGAGAAACAAAUAUGGAUUCAUAAAAGGAAUUAGUAGUAACAAAAGGUUAGUAAAUAGUCAACACAUAGUAAAUUUAAUUCAAAGGUUGAGUAUAAAAAAAGUAUACUGUUAUCCCAGAUUUCACAAAAAUGUACAUAUCUCCCUUAACAACAACUUCCUACAACCAACCAUUUACGAAAUAAAUAUGGACGUCCCAUCUGACGUUAACACCAUGGAGGAAAAUUUACUAAACCUAAUACACUACCUAAAUUUAGAAAUAAAAAAAUAUCAUACCUUUACUGAUUUUGAUAUAAACGCACUGAUAUAUUCAGACAACGCGGAGAAUUACACCAUGAACUAUAUCAAGACUAAAAAUCUAACCUACAACACCAAAAAAUUGUUGAAAGAAAUUAUUGUUCUUGCUCAUGUGCUUAAUAAUUUGUAUGUCUAUGACCAAGUGGUUUUUGAUAACUACCUUAACAACAUAAAAGAGGCAGACAAAGAAUCCAUUUGGCUCUAUUGUAACGAAGCCAAUGAUGUGUUCUUUUUAUCUAGGGAGAGAAAAAUCAACUUUUUAAAAUCAAUUAACCUGAACCUAGAACUGGAUAUCACCAAACAGGACAACGUUUCCGUUAUCUUCCACAAACUUAAAAACGAGGGGAAAUAUUUCCACAAGGCUUAUGAAGUCAAGUGCACGCAGAGUGAAUUCUACAACUGGAUACACGAACUCGUUUAUCGACGUGACAUACACGUCAAGGAGUUUAGAAAGUUGAGCCAAAGGAGGAAAUGUGACGACACCAGUGUAGAAUGUACCUUCCCUUCUACUCGCAAAAGGGCAACAGAAUGUUCUCAUCAGCCAGACACACACAAGAGACCCAAAGGGAGUCUUACCCACGAGCACGCCAAGAAUCUCAGUACAUCAAACAAAGCAUUGUCGCAAACAGAACAAAGGGAAGUGCAGCUAGGUAACAGGUACCCCCAUAUGGUGAGCUCCCAAAAGGGGAACCACUACAAUUUCAAGGUGAAAAUUGAGCAGAGCACUCCGGAUAAAUAUGAUCCAGGCGUUCACAGUGAGGAGCAGCGCAAUACAAAUGGGAAAGUGAGCUCCCCUGAUGGGGGAAUGCCAGGGGAUGCUCCUGAAGGUUUCUCACGGGACCAUCCGCUGGACCAUCCGCUGGACCAUCCGCUGGACCAUCCGCUGGACCAUCCGCUGGACGAUUCACAAGACCAUUCGAAAGACCAUCCGAAAGACCAUCCGAAAGACCAUCCGAAAAAACAUCUGAAAAACCAUUCGCAAAAAAUAAAACAAGAAAAGAGAACCUCUGACGCGGGGGCAGGAAAUCACAACGCAGAUGAUCAAUGGAAGAACGAAUCACAUACCAAUGAAGCCACUGGCAUGGAUGGAACGAAAUGCCACAUGGAAGAAGACAAAGUAGACUACCCCAUUGCAAUUAUAGUGGAUAACUUCUACACCCAAAAAGAAAUAUACAACCUACUAAUGCACAAAAAUGAUAACGCUGUCGAUAUGAACCUUUUCCGCCCAUCGGAUGAACAAGUGAAUGAGUUCUACAUUUCAGACGACUCAUCUAACUCUUCUUCCAGCCGGUCAGAGGAUUUCUUUCAAAAAAACAAAAACAUUCUUCACUCAAAUAAUGUUGAUUAUUACAUCCCUUACAGAAUCACUAAGAAUAAAGCGACAUCGCUAAAAUUUAUAAAACCACACGUGUAUAUACUGUGCAUAAAUAAGAAUUACGAUAUGGUGUACACAUCAGAAAAUUUCAUCCAAAAUUGUUCUCUGAAAAUUGACGCAAUCAAUGCGAACACUCGCAACGGAGGAAGCUCAUUCACGGAGGAAGGGAACUCACCCUUCAAAGGUACAGAACACACAAUUGGAUUGAAGAAAAAUAACGCAUCUUCUAAACAAAGGCAUGAUGACAUCUUCCAAAUAAAUGAGUACUGUGGAAAUCUAGAUUUUUUGCAACUGUUUCUAAUGGAGGUUAAACCCUGCAGAAUUAUCAUCACCAAGCUGGACCUAAGCAUUUUUCGUAACAUAGAAAUUUAUUGUGCACGCUUGUUCCAGUACAAUGUAUAUAAACUACGUGGGCAGAGUUACUUCCCGCAGGUGAUGAAGUACGAGGAAAAUAGUUGGAUGUAUGACAACAUGGGUGAAGCGCAACCCUUUUUGAAAAAGGAACAGGCGAGUAGCCCACAGGCUGCGCACCCGAAGCGAAGCUAUUAUAAGUUUGAAAGUAAAGAUGGUAAAAAAGGUACAUCGGCGCAUCACUUGUCUGAUCGCGGUGCGCAAACCUUCAAGACACUGGAGAUGCUGAGUGCCGCAUCCAACACAGUCGAAGUCUUCCUCCUCUUUUACAAAAACAACAUCUUAUACAACAAGUACCUGAAUGAUGUGAAGGUGGAAAAAAAGAAUUGGCUCAAAUUUAUCGAAAAUAAAAAUAAUUUUCGAUUCCAAGUGGAUAGAAAUGUCUUCAACAAAAAUAAAGAUCUGUUUAAAAAAGUUGUGGAUUCUUAUUUUCUCUUCCAAAAAAGAUUUAGAGAAAAUAAAAAGAAUAUCUUCAAUUUUAAUAAAGCACUGUGUGAAGAAUUUAAAAUUUUCCAAGAGGUCAAACAAGACGAACAGGUGGAAAAUAAAAACGCCUUCAUAAAUAAUCUUAGCACAAACUAUAUUAGCAUGGAGGAGGAAGAAGUUUUUAUGCACAACUAUAGAAACAAAACAAGUAAAAAAAAUGAAUUAACUUUCUCCAACUUGGAUGAAAAAACCAUUUCAAAAAUUCAACAAGUUUUAGAAAAAUUUUCUAUAGAUUCUUUUAAUUUAAAUUUUAUCCUGUACAGUAUUUUUAACAAUACUAAACCUAUCGUCAUCGUUGACAUUAGGGAAUUAAAAUCUGAUCUAUCCUACAAACUGUACACAAGCAAAAUGCACAUCAUCCCAUAUUCCCUACUCGUCGGGGAUUAUAUCCUCACCAAGGAUAUCUGCGUUGAAAGGAAAAGUAUCGUGGACCUCAUUCAGUCAUUAAAUAAUAACAGGUUGUACAAUCAGAUCAAUCAAAUGUCCAAAUAUUAUUCCAUCUAUGUGUUGCUAAUAGAAUUCAAUACAAAACAUCUCUUUUACUUCUCUUCCCUUAGCGAUAAAAGCUCCGUUUACACUAAGUUAAUCAUUCUGUGCCUCCAGUUUAGUAGACUGAAAAUUCUGUGGAGUCCUUUUUCUCUCUUUACCGUUAAACUUUUUUGGUCUCUUAAAAUUAAUGCUGAGCAACCCGACAUCUUCAAGUCGCUCCACAUCGACAUGACCCUGGAACGGGAUGCCCACGAGCACCUCGACAGGGAUUCCAGGCGGGGCCAAGCGAAGUCGACACCCUCAACGGAACUGCUACCAAUAACGCAAUCACUACCACUAACGCAAUCACUACCACUAACGCAAUCACUACCACUAAGUGAACCCCUAUCCACAACGCAAUCGCUACCCAUGUCGAGUACCCCCCAUGCGGAGCCCCCCACCCCAGCGCAACAACCUAGCCAAAACACCCUCGAGCGCCUAGACAGCUACGCAGAAAAAACGUCCAACAACGAAAAUGAAAAGGAAAAGGAAAAUGAAAAUGAAAAGGAAAAGGAAAAGGAAAAUGAAAAUGAAAAGGAAAAUGAAAAUGAAAAUGGAAAUGAAAACGAAAAUGGAAAUGAAAAGGAAAAUGAAAAUGAAAAGGAAAAUGAAAAUGAAAAUGAAAACGAAAAUGAAAACGAAAAUGAAAAUGAAAAUGGAAAUGAAAACGAAAAUGAAAAACAGCCAGACGCCUAUAAGUACGAAACAAUAAGUGACCUCUUCGACAAAAAUUUAAGUCCCCCCCCAAAAGGUGAAGGGACCAGUUACACCCUAAAAAGAAUGGAGAGCAUCACCAACUGGAACGCUCUGGAAAUAUUGAAAGCACUCCCGGGCGUUACGGAAAAAAAUAUGCACCUCAUCAUCAACAACGUGAAAUCGUUGCGCGAUCUAUGCGAAAAAACGGUCGAGGAGUUGGAAGCCUACAUGAGCAAGAGUAAUGCUAAGAUGCUCUACGAAUUUUUUAACACAGACGCGGCAUGA